CACGUGACACAACAAGGAAGUUUGAAUGUAACGUUACAUUAGCGUUAAACCAAAACCAAAGCCAAAUUCUCUUUAAUAACACAUUAGUUGUAAACAUUUUUGCCAAGCUUUGUCUAUCAGCAGUCUACUAGCUGUGCUAUUAAAUACCCAGGUUGGAGUGAGACACAGCAAUGAAUAGGACAUAACGUCAGCAGUCCUCUGUGUCGUUGUUUGUUCGUGCAGAGUUUUGACAUGUUGCUGCUGUUUUCUACUUUGACUGUUCUGUUUCCUGUUGGACAAACAUCGCUACCACUCGUUAUAAAUACAUGGCCAUUCAAGAAUGCAACGGCUGCAGCAUGGAGCGCCCUGCAGUCGGGCGGCUCGGUGUUGGAUGCGGUAGAGAAGGGCUGUGCCCGCUGUGAAAUGGAGCAGUGCGAUGGCAGUGUCGGCUAUGGUGGGAGCCCAGAUGAGACAGAAGAGACCACGCUGGAUGCCAUGAUCAUGAACGGGGAUACAAUGGAGGUGGGUGCAGUUGCAGACCUGAGAAGAAUCAAAAAUGCCAUAGGGGUGGCGAGAGCUGUGAUGGAGCACACUGAACACACACUGCUAGUAGGAGAGUCAGCCUCUGCGUUUGCUGAAAACAUGGGCUUCAUCGCAGAAGACCUGACUACCAACAACUCUGUGAAUAUUUUCUCACAGUGGCUGAAGGGCAACUGCCAACCUAAUUAUCGAAAGAAUGUCUUUCCAGAUCCUUCCAAGUCGUGUGGACCCUACAAGCCCAGUGCGACAGUGAGACAGAACACGAGGGCACAGCUUGUUAAUACGCGCUCCCAUGACACCAUAGGGAUGGUUGUUCUUGAUCAACGUGGUCACCUGGCUGCUGGUACAUCAACCAAUGGACUAACUCACAAGGUUCCUGGGCGCGUUGGGGACUCUCCUAUUGUGGGUGCGGGGGCCUACGCUGACAGCUCGGCUGGGGGUGCUGCUGCUACUGGAGACGGAGACCUCAUGAUGCGCUUUUUGCCGAGCUACUUGGCCGUGGAGCUGAUGAGGGCCGGGGCAGAUCCCUCAGCAGCCUGCAAGACGGCCAUUUCCAGAAUCAAGAGGCAUUACUCAGACUUCUUUGGAGCCAUCAUCUGUGCUAACACAACAGGCCAUUAUGGUGCAGCCUGUAACAAAGUCCCUGGCUUCUCCCAGUUCCACUUCAUGGUGUCAAACUCAGAGUCAGACAAACCCCUCCUCAAAUCUGUGGACUGCUUUUAAACGUUGUAUGAAUCUCUUUGAUUAAAACUCUCCAUGCUGUAUUUUUAUGCUGAUGAUUUUAGUUUCCUUUCAUAAAUACAAAUGUAAUUAAAAAAACUAAAGUUUCUUCCAGAAAAUUUGAAUUUCUGCUUUGAUCGUUUAGAUUCUUUAUUAUGUUUUCUUGUGAAACAUACACACAAUAAUGAGUCAUAAUACAAUAAUUGGUUGGGUAUGAUCUGAACUACAAUUGAUAGAUAUUCUCUGUUAAGAUAUAAUUAGAAAAAUGCAAAUCUGAUAACGUUACCAAGCUAAUGAUGGGAUAUCUUCUAUCUGUAGGCAUUAGAGUUGCAUGCAAAAGUACUGCACUGCUAAAACACAUUAACAACCAGGGAGGAUGGAUAUCCCCGGUCCAUUCUGCGCCCACUGGAAAAAUUCACACUGUUUCCCUUUCUGCAAGCUGCAGGUGUAGAAGUUGCGUCCGUUGUUCGGUCCCAGCUUCAGAACCGUCCUCAUUAAACAGCGCUUCCCGUGCUGACAGGAAGGGAAGUGCGUGUCAGCCCACUGCAACAGAGAAAAAUUCUCUCAGUUGUCAAAUUUGAUUUGAAUAAAUACUUUGAAGCGAUUUGCUUUCCAGGCGACACA